AUGUCUGCUUCCGAGCCCACCGAGCCCAAGGUCGAGGAGACCAAGCCUGUUGAGGCUGAGGGUGCUGCUGAGAAGCCUGUUACAUCCUCCUCCGUCUUCUCCAUGUUCGGCGGCGGUGCCAAGAAGGAGAAGAAGGAAGAUGAGGAGCGCGGCGACAACUCUGGCAGCGCCAAGGCUCAGCGAGAGGCUGCUGAGGCUGCCAAGGGUGAUGAGGAGGAUGCUCCCGAGUCCGAGGACGUUCACUUCGAGCCCGUCAUCAAGCUGACCGAGAAGGUUGACACCAAGACCAACGAGGAGGCCGAGGAGCAGACUUUCAAGAUGCGCGCCAAGCUUUUCAAGUUCGUCAAGGAGAGCAGCGAGUGGAAGGAGCGUGGUACUGGUGACGUUCGCCUGCUCAAGCACAAGGAGAACGGCAAGACCCGACUGGUGAUGCGACGCGACAAGACCCUCAAGGUCUGCGCCAACCACUACAUCGUCCCCGAGAUGAAGCUUUCCCCCAACGUUGGCUCCGAUCGCAGCUGGGUCUGGAACGCCGCUGCCGAUGUCAGCGAGGGUGAGCCCGAGGCUGUUACACUGGCCAUUCGAUUCGCCAACGCUGAGAACGCCAACAACUUCAAGGAUUCUUUCAUGAAGGCCCAGAAGGAGAACGAGGAGAUCUUCAACAAGGCUGAGGAGGCCGAGGCUCCUGCUUCCUAA